AUCAGCUUCUUCCGUUCGGUGUCCAGUGGUGUCGGCCGCUGACCCACUCACUGAACUGAACAGAGAGCCAUCAAGGUCCUCAUCCUCCAAACCCCGCAACCGAAUUUUUUUUGGGGUCGCUGCGCAGCCUCAAACAGCACGCGACAACAACGUACACUACCAUACAGCCGACGCGACCACCAUCGCAAGAUGCAUUCCCUCAUCCGCCCUAAUGCUUGGGUGGCCCUCAAACUACCAUCAGGCAGUACCAAGGUCCUUCAGGUCACCCCGAACACGACAAUAUCGCUGGGAAAAUACGGCUCCUUCCCAUCGAACCUGAUUAUCGGGCGCCCAUACCACCUCACCUUCGAGCUGCAAGACCGACUGCCCGACGAGAAUUUCUCGCGCCUCCGCGUCGUCCCCCCAUCCGAGCUCUAUGCCGAAGUGUUCGCAGACGAGGCGGCCCCGGGCUGCGAGAUGCCCGCCGCCGGCGCCACCGAUACUGUGAUCUCGGCGACCGAUGGGGAGGAGUUCAGCUUGGUCGAUGAUGACGGGAACGUGGUUGCGCGCUCAAAUCGCGAGAUCAUCGACGAGAGUGCGCGCCAGACUCUGACCCAAGCCGAAAUCGAAGAGCUGAAGCGCGAGGGGAGCAAUGCCGGCAAGGACGUCAUCGCCAAGCUGUUGCUCUCCCAUACCGCGCUGGACCAGAAGACGAGCUUCAGCUUGGCAAAAUACAAGCUGCUCAAGACGAAGAAGUACAUCCGGCGGUUCCAGGUGUCGCCGAUCGACGUGGCCAACCUUGCGCAAUGGCAACUAGAGGAGAGGGACGCGAGCAAGAUCCUGGAUAUGAGGGCCGAGAUGAUUGGCCUAUUAGGGUGUUGGGGCAAUGUGCAUUUCGGAGGCGACGAUGUGCUGCUCGAGGAUCCGGGGGCCACCACCGCGCAAGGCGACGAGGCCUGCGUGCCUGUCGAUAGGGAUUUGCUGCGGGGGAGGUGGCUUGUCGUGGACGAUACCUCUGGCCUGCUAGUUGCGGCGAUGGCUGAGAGGAUGGGCAUUCUCUACGAAACCGAAGAUGAAGGGGCGCACAGCAGUUCUGAGGAGCACAAGGAACCCACAGAGCCCAGCGCGGAGCAGAGCUCUGCUUCCGCCGCAGAGAACAGCCAGGAACCGGGUUCCAACCCGUCAGUACCUGCUCCAGCGACUCAACAAGGAAGCGACACGGAAAUGGCGGACGCACAAGCCGCACCUCCAGAAAACCAAGGCGGGAAGAAGCCGAGAGAGCAAAAGCCGCGUGCGUCCGACUUUGCGAUCCCCUACUCCCAGACCAACACCAUCACGGUUAUCCACGGGGCCAGCCAGCCGAAUCUCUCGCUCCUCAACUACUGGGGCUUCGACAUCACCUCGCCGAAUCACCCGCCGCACCCCUUGCUCAAUCACCUGCUUACCCUCUCCUGGCUGCAAUUGCUCAAACCGGAGCUGGACACCUCGUACUCGACACCGCCGCUCACGGCUACUCCGGAGACGCUGGCGUCCUGGAAACCGAGCCGCCGAGGCAAUUUCCACCGCAAGCGCAGGAGAUACGCCCGGAUACGGCACAUCGUCGACGCCACAAGGGCAGGCAACUUCUCCGGCCUCGUCUGUGCGAGCACCAUGGAUCCGAUCAGCAUCCUGCGCCACACGCUCCCCUUGCUAGCGGGCGGCGCGCCGGUGGCCAUCUACUCGCCCAACGUGGAGGCGCUGGCGGCGGCAGCCGACUGCUUCAGCGUGCCGCGCCGCACGGCCUGGGUUGGCGGGGGCGCGCCCGAGAUCGAGGGCCUCUCGGCCGAGGAGCUCGAGCGCUGGCCGGGAAACGAGCGGUUCCCGCUCAACCCUACGCUGCUCCAGGGCGUGUCGAUCCAGACGAGCCGCGCGCGUCACUGGCAGGUCUUGCCGGGCAGGACACACCCGCUCAUGACGGAGCGGGGCGGCGCAGAUGGUUACGUGUUGACGGCGUGGCGGGCGAAGCCGGCCGAGGGCAAGAUUGCGGCCAAGGGGAAAUUCAAGCGGAGGAAAGUCGAGUCCGAGGCGGUGACGCCCGCUUCGGGCUGAUGCUCGGAGGAGAAGACGACACUGACAAGAGCUGAACAAGCACUUGGAUCGCAUCAUGGCGUCGUUGAAUAUACCACCAUUGUACUAAUGAAUCACGGGUGUUUCCGUUGCCUGUUCACAGUGUUUUUUUU